GGCCGACUCGUUAUUCAUUUGUAAGGCACUUAGUGAGGGGCAGACAGGGAGAGGGAAACAAAAUGUAUUCAAUUACUUUUAAAGUGAAGGGAACAUAGUCUGGCACAUUAAGAAGACUUUGUAUAUACUGUCAUAAACGAAUACGCAGGGGGUAACAUUUUGUUGGGAAAAUACUGAGUUUUUGUUUAACGAAAUACAGAUCCAAACCUAUAAAUUGUAAAAACUUCUUGUCAACAACGAUCAUCAUUCUUCAUCGAAGACUUGCAUAGACAAGAUAUCAAGCAAUCUCUGAUGGACGACAACUCUGUGCUUGCAUUUCGCCAUGCCUUGUCUGGUAAUGGGAACAACACAGUGGAAGAUAUCGAGGAUGAGAGCGGUGUGAGUAACGACACCACCACGGUGGUGGGCGCGUUCAUCCUCAGCCUCGUGUUCCUCCUGGGCGUCCCGGGCAACGCCUUCAUCAUCUGGAGCAUCCUGGCGCGUACCCACAAGCGCUCCGUCACCACCCUCAUCAUCCUCAACCUGGCCUGCGCUGAUGGCUGCCUCAUGUUGCUCACCAUCUUUUUUGUCGUCUACCUGGCGAGGCAAAACUGGGACUUUGGCAACACCAUGUGUAAGGGUGUGUUCUACUUGUGCAAUCUGAAUAUGUUCGCCUCCAUAUUUCUCAUUACCCUCAUGAGCCUACAUAGGCUGGUGGCGGUGGUGUGGCCGAGAAAGGUGCACAAACUGGCCAGCAGGAAGAUAGUCCUGAGGGUACUGGCAGGGGUCUGGUUCUUGGUGCUCUUUACAUCACUUCCUGCUCUGGUGUUCCGAGAAGUGAGGGAGGACACAGACGAUCAGAACAAAACCAGGCUGGUGUGCGCGCCCAAUCACACUCUGCCCCAGCAUGUAAGGUUCCAAUACACCUUUGAGACUGUAUUGGGAUUUCUGCUUCCCUACGGAAUCAUAGUGACCAGCUACGUCUGCAUCCUGAGACGGCUCAGACAGACCAAGUUCCGUCGGCAGGUCCGCAGCGAGAAACUCAUCCUGGCCAUAGUUGUGAUGUUUGGCGUCUUCUGGCUGCCCUACCACAUUAUCAACAUGAUGCAGGUGGUGGCACAGUACUUCAAAGAAGGCUCCAGCACCCAUAAGAAGCUCGACCACAUCUCAUCCGUUAGUCGUCCUGUGACCUCAUCUCUGGCCUUCAUUAGUAGCUGUGCCAAUCCGGUUCUCUACACUUUCGCUGGAAAGGCCUACAUCAAAAAAGAUGGUCUGGCUUUCAUGGCUCGUCUCUUUGAGGGAACAUCCCUGGAGACUGCAGUGAAGAAAGGACGGAAUAAGAGUAGGAAGAACCAAAUAAGGGUUCAAAACAUGGAGUCCAGUAUCAGUGAUGAUGGGAACACUGCAAAUGGGAGUCAGGUGGCUGAGCGGUGAGGGAAUCGGGCUAGUAAUCCGAAGGUUGCCAGUUCGAUUCCCGGUCAUGCCAACUGACGUUGUGUCCUUGGGCAAGGCACUUCACCCUACUUGCCUCUGGGGAAUGUCCCUGUACUUACUGUAAGUCGCUCUGGAUAAGAGCGUCUGCUAAAUGACUAAAUGUAAAUGGGAGUCCUGCAAGUCAAAGCAGAGAACACCGGAUGACUGAGACUCCAUGAACAAUGCAGAUUAAAGACUUUUGCAAGGCUGUUCUGGAUGCUUGCAAAUACAGGCACAUUUUGCUUCAGUUCAUGUUGCAGCCAAACCACACAAGGUUGACAAGUGUUUUUUUUUGUUUAAUAUGGCUGGUCACGUGUUCAAUUAUGCAACAACAAAAAAAUUAACCAUGCAUUCAUUUAUUCCUGACAAUUUCCAAGUUAUUUCCAAAAUUCAUCGAGUCCAGACACUUCAAUCGAGUUUCCAUUUAAAUUUAUUUUACUUUGUACAUACAUUACAGCACACAAUACAUCUGACAACUGAUCAUUCAAGGUUAAGACAGGCAAUGCCAAAUGGUAGAGUGCAUGAGUCAGGACCGUCCGACACACGUAUAUAUUACACCAUACCUAAAGAGGAAGAAAAAUGGAUCAGAAUGCCAUAACAUUUCCUUGUUGUUAUACAAACCCUUUUGUGCUUGUGAAUAAUUACUGAUAUUCAGUGGAAACGUGGUGUAAAUGCAACUCAUCACAGCAAGGCAACAAUGUGGCCCUGCUAGAAUAAUCAAGAUUACGAAACUCAUUGAAUAAACUCAUUGUUUCCAAUUACAACUUGUGAUCUAUAAGGGGGGAGAAAAAGUUUGGAAUUUUAAAAUCAGCUCGUUUUGUGUUUAACAUUCGGCAAAUUGAUUGAAGAGCCUGUCAGUGCAGUUAAAGUCUUAAUCACGAGGAUCAGAAACACGGACUGCAAAUCAUCAUUCCAGGAGUAAACUAGUAUAGCGCGCAAAUGCAAUUUAUGGCCAUUAUGCACCCGCAAUCACACAUUUCUUGAUCGUUUGGCCUUUUCUGGUAAAAAUGCUGUUGAAUUGAAUUCUGAAUUGUCAAUAAUUACUGGAGUUCAGGGGAAACACAGUCUACAAGUCGCUGUGGAUAAGAGUGUCUGCUAAAUGACUAAAUGUCUACAUGCAUCACAGGAAGGCAAAAUUGAGGCCUUGCCAUUAAGCUUCAAAAGACGAACUCAUUAAAUAAAUGACUUACCAUUGUU